GCAGAGCAGGUGGAUCAUAUUUCGCUUCAGUGUUUUAGCUGCGGGCGGUGAACGGAAGCAACUUUAGCGGCUCUGUACUUUUUCGAACUGCGCGAACGGAGUCGACUGCAGUCUGGAGCCGUCGCUGAGAAAUCCCACAGCUGCAGGUCGGACGUGAAAGCAGCAGCGGUUUCAGAGAGGGGAGGCGGACAACACGAAGCUCGGCCAGAGAAGCACGAUGAUGGUGGAGCUUGUCGCGGGUCGGAAUGGAACUCUUGGCCCGUCUCCCGUGGCUCUUUUCUGAGUAAAAAGAGCUCUUUUCUGCGGAAAUACAGCUCGAACGUUGAUUUUAAAGACUGAGGGCGGCGAUGAGCGAAACGGUAAAGAGAAGACACGCGGAGGGUCGCCUGUCGAAUUUGAAGAGCAGAUGGAGUACCAUCCCAGUUCAAGAUGGGGGUGGACGACCAAAAGCACUCAAGAGGCUAAGUGCCAUGUGGUCUUCUUUCCGCAAGGGCAAAAGAGACAGACUGAAAGACCAAGAUCCUCCAGAACCCCUGGGCCUGAUAGGGGAAGACAAAGCAACUAGGCAACGCCGUUUUGUCAGUGGUCAGUACUUUUUUGAGUACCUGGUGGUGGUCAGCCUAAAGAAGAACAAGGAUGGCAAGAGCUACGAACCUCAGAUCACCUAUCAGUUCCCUAAGAGGGAUGGGAUGGCCAAAUUUCAAAAGGAAGAAGAGGAGCGCACAUUAAAAGCCAUCACACUCUUCUGCUUCCCAGAGGGUAUCACAUGGGCCCCUUUGACAGAAUAUCACAGUGAGACCUUUUCCUUUGUUUUAACGGAGAUUGACGGGAGCCGAAGAAAUGGAUACUGCAGGCGUCUACUGCCUGGUGGGAAGGGGGCUCGUCCGCCUGAGGCGUACUGUAUCAUCAGCAGUUUGGCUUGUUUUGGCCUGUUUUCCAAGAUAUUUGAUGAAGUUGAGAAGAGGCGGCAGAUUUCCAUGGCUAUGAUUUACCCAUUCAUGCAGAAAUUGCGGGAGGCUCCAUUCCCAGCUCCAGGAAACACUGUGGAGAUUAAAAGCUUCAUUCCUGAGUCGGGCACUGAGAUCAUCCGACUGACGCGACCUUUGGACUCCUGGCUGGAACAUGUCAACUUCGAAGUGCUGUUCAGCUGUCUCACAAAUGAGGAGGUGCUCCUGGUGUUUGCGGCUGCCGUCCUUGAGAGACGAAUCAUCUUCAUCGCUGAUGAGUUGGGCACUUUAUCGCAGGUCAUUCAUGCAGUCGCGGCGCUUCUUUAUCCUUUUACGUGGCAGCACACCUUUAUCUCCAUAGUUCCGGAGAUCCUAAUUGAUGUUGUGAUGGCACCCACCCCGUACUUGCUGGGAGUACAGAAACGCCUGCUUGACCUAGUUACCGACCAAAGCGAUCUGCUGAUAGUGGAUCUAUCGGAGAACAAAAAGGAAACCUUCAUUGUUUCUAUCGGUGACGAAGGCUCUAUUCUUCCCCCAAAACUGCAAAGCGAAAUCCGAGAGGCACUCAGCCAGAGGAAGAAAGGAUCAUCGACCGAAGAUCUGAACCGUUUGGUGUCAGAGGCCUUCCUACUGUUCUUUGUGAAAACCGUUGGUCAUUACACGUCUUAUGUGAAAGGCAGUCAGGCUGGAAAUCAGCGGACGUUUGAGAAAAGAACCUUCUACAAGGCCAUCGAGUCAAAAACAACUCGACACUUUGUGAAGAAGUUUAUCCAGACUCAGAUGUUUGACCUGUUCAUCCAGGAGGUGGAGCAACAGCAGACUGGACCGCAGCAGGGAAUAUUUCACCAAAAAAUUGUGGAAUACCAGGAUAAGAAGAAAAAGGAAAAGACCAAGAAACACUAGUUCUCACAUUGACUGUAUAUAAUUGAGUACAUAGUUAAUGAAUGUUGCACUGUUUUUAUUUGUCAUUUUUUGUUAAAUACUUUUGUGCAAAGAUACUAUAUUGCUGCUACUUAGUCGAAACACUGUUUUACAGUCUAAUACUGGUGAGCAGGAAAUAAUUUCAAUCGAAUAAAGAGUAGUGUUUUUUUUAAGUCCA